GGAUGGAGUGUCCGUCUGUCUGAUGUCGAGUGCGCGGGCUCAUGUCAUAUUUGUGAAUUGAAUUCUAUAGUUUUGUUUCUCUUGUAGAACAUUAAAUCAUGGUUAUUACUUAAUUUAAGUGUUCUCUAAUUUGUACACUUCAACUUUCAAUUAAAAAAAAUGCUAUUAAAUAUUCCCAUGUUAAAACUCAAAGAGAAAGUAACUAUAUUUUUUGUUAUAUUAUUUAUAUUUGCGGGGAUAUAUUUUUACUUGAAUCACUUGCAACAAAACUACGACAGUGCUCAAUGGUCUGGUGAGCGCUGCUUAUCCGAACUGACAUCCAUCAAGUAUCAACUAAAUGUUGUUACGGAGUACAAAAACCGCAUUGACAAGCUGCUGACAGAGACGCAGAAAGCUCACGAUGCUGAGAAGGAGAGGUACAAAGAUGUCAUGGACAGUUGUGUGGCCAUGAAACAGCAAACUGCCAUAUGUCAGAGUCAAUUUGAAGAUCUACAAAUUGAAUGCAAGAAAGUUAGAGAAGAUUACAACAAGGCAGUAAAGGAUAUAGAGAAACUUAAGGCUCCAGGUUAAAAUUUAUUUCUCGCAGCAAAUAUAUACAGACUUAAGGAAAAUUUAGCUUAUAAUAGUGGGGAUUGUAAAUAUUACACAAUUUAACUAUCAUAAAAAUAUUGUCUGCAACAAACUAUACAUUUGUACAAAGCAAAUGAGGGCUUACAAGUACUUGUGCAAUCGUCCAACUGCUAGGGAGUUGUAAUAACUGAGUGAUACAAUUCUCCAAAAUAUUUUAAAUAUGACUAUUGUAUUUGCGUUUGUUUGUCCAUUCCGCACGCUAUAUCCUAAAUAACUUGGCGAAUCCAUAGGUAAUUAUCUGUUUAGCUGUGCAGUAUUUCUUAAAUACUGGCUCCUACUUAGAAUGACUAAACAGUGGUGUGGGGUGUAUAAACGUGAGCUGAUGACGACAUUUUAUUUUUGGAAUAUCUGCAGUAGACUCGUCACGAUUUUGAUAUUCCUUUUUGUUUACCAAUUUGGUCGGUACGGUCAUUCAGAAUAACUUAGCAAUUAAAUACGUAUUGAUUGAAAUGGAUGAUUGUUUACUAACAGAAAAGCAUUUAGGUAUACAUAUUUUCGACCGUUACGAAAGCGAAGCCGAAGAUUUUGUUACAAUAAUGUGUUUUAUGUUAAAAAAGAUGCACGUACUACGUACCUACUUAUAGUUUUAAUAAUACAAUGUAUUGUAUAUUUUGUGCUACUGUUGUCUGUGCGUACCUAUAAAUAUUUUAAUGAUAGACUAACGACAUUUCCAUGUUUUGGCUAUUAUAUGGUUUAUAUUUAUAACUUAAGAAGUAUGAACAAGUAUCUGCUUAGAAGUGUCCCCUAACACAGUAGAUAUUACAUAUUAUACAUAUUAUUACAUAUAUGGUUUUUGUCAAAUAAUUUGCGAAUUAUUCCUCUUCUACAUUUCAUAAACUCUAUUUUUCUUGUAUUUGAUAGAAAUUAUUACUUUUUUUCUAGGUCUUUGGCCAUAUAACAUUUGAACGCCUUUUUAAGAUGAAUGCUUUGACUGGUGGUGGGAAACUCCGAUGUGUUAUAGUUACAUUUAAAUUUUAAUUACUUUCGGAGUAAAACAAACACAUCAAAGAUUACCUUGACGUAUAUUACCGUGGUUGAUAAGAUCAUGCCGCACAUCGGAUGUUAACUUAGGUAAAACAUUAAAAAAAAAACUAUUUGAAUUUCCCACUACCAGUGGAACUAGUGGAAGCGUUCACCUUAGCAAAAGUCAUAAUAUAUUUUGUACCUAAAAGUAAGAUAAUAGAAUGUCUAUGACUAUAUACAUAAGCGUUGUAUAGACCAAAGAAAAUUCUGCUGUAAGGUAUUUUGUAAUUUUGAACUUAUUAAUUCUUUAAUGUAUAAUUUAAUAUGUAUUUUACGUUUAAGAAAACUGGAACAUCUUCUUUUUCUCUUAAUUUUUUACAUUUUUGAAGGGUUAAACGAUGCUUUGAAUAUUUUUCUAAAUCUGUGAUCUUUCAAUAGAGAUAGCUAAUAAAAAAGCUAAGUUACUAAUGUGGAGAUUAUCCGUACUCCAUGUGUUUAAUCAACUAUGUAAAGAUAUAAUUUGUACAAUUCUUUGGCGACAUCCGAUACCAUAAACAGUAUGAGGUAGGCAAUUAUCUUGUCUAUGCAAAAUAGCCAAAGAAUUGGGAGGAAAAAAAGAGGAUCGUAGUUAGCUAGGUACCACUCUAUAUUUUUUUUCAUUUACAUAAAGGAAAUGAAACCGUUGUUACGAUACGAAAGUAAUAUUUUUUGUUUUAAAUUAUUUGUGAAUGUUAAAUUUGUUAAACUUACAUGACACUAACGGCCAGUUUCUUCAUCAAAAGUUAAAGUAAUGUCUAAAGUAAAAGUAACGGUCAAAUACGUUUUUUCAAGGCUAAAGUGACAGCAAAACUAAUAGAAAAAUUGAAUUUGACCGUUACUUUUACUUUAGACAUUACUUUGACUUUUACUUUGGUUUUAACUUUUGAUGAAGAAACUGGCUGUUAUAGUUGUUUUAAUCUUAAGUAUGACUGAUAGGUUGUUGUAUAUGAUGCACGAUGAUUCUUCUAUUUGUACUUUUUAUAAUAAUUAAUAAUAAUGUAUCUGUAGGUAAUUAUAAUUACAACUAAUGUAUAAAAAUGCAUAUAAUAUUUUAUCAAUUUUAAUACAAUUUGUCCAAAUUA